GGGGAAAAAGAGAAAAGCUGCGCGGUGACGUCACGCGGAGCUGUCCCUCAGCACCGGGCCGGCCGGGCCCCGUCCGGGUUGGAGAGCGGGUCGCGCAGAUGGUGACGACACCAUGAAGCAGUAUCCCCUGCUGGCAACGGGGAGGGAGUGGGGAGCCUGAUGUCACCUUGAAGAUCCUGCAGAGCCAUGACGUCAACUGUACAGACUCUGCGCUUUCCACUCCUGCCACAUGCACCAGGCCAAGACCGGACACACAGCUGUGACCAGGAGAUUGAGCGGCGCUACCAAGUGGUGCCCUCAGUAGUGUGUGCCAUGUGCUGCCUCUUCGGAAUCAUAUACUGCUUCUUUGGAUACCGUUGCUUCAAGGCAGUGAUGUUCCUGACAGGGCUCAUGUUUGGCUCAGUGAUCAUCUUCAUGCUGUGCUACAAAGAGCGAGUGCUGGAUACACAGCUGAGUGUGGAGGCCUCCGUGGGCAUCGGUCUGGGCAUUGGGGUGCUCUGUGGGCUGGUCACCAUGCUGGUGCGCAGCGUUGGGCUUUUCAUGGUGGGGCUGCUCCUGGGGCUGCUGCUGGCUGUGGCCACGUUGGUGGUGAUGGAGCAGUUCUACCACCCACCCACGGUCUGGAUCCCUAUUGGCCUGCUGCUGGGUGUGGGUAUGCUGUGCGCUGUGCUUACUUUGCAGUGGCAGCGCCUCUUUACCACACUCUCCACCGCUGUCUUUGGCAGCGCCGUCAUGACAGCCACUGCCGACUACUUCGUUGAGCUCUUCCUGCUGCUGCAGUAUGUCUAUGAGCGCGUCAAAGUGGCACCUGCCAGGCCCAUCUGCUGGUACAGCUGGGUCAUCCUAGGUACUUGGCCUGUCCUGGCAUUGUUGGGCAUCCUGGUGCAGUGGAAAGUCACAGCCGAGGGAUACUCGCACACAGAAGUGAUUAUCAGCCGACAGCAACGCCGUGUCCAGCUAAUGAGGAUAAAGCAACGCGAAGAGCGCAAAGAAAAGAAGAAGAAGCGGCGACCGUAUCCUCACCCACACCUGCAACAUAAGGCCCACCCGCCAGAGCCUGCCUACCGCCGCAAGCCAAACCCUGUGCGUCGCUUCGAUGGUGAUGUUCUCUCCCCAAGCUACAUACAGAGCUUUCGGGAGCGGCAGACGGGCUCCUCUCUCAACAGCCUCCUGGCCAGUGCUCAUGCUGCCAUUGACAUGGACUAUGACUGUGGCUCCACCGUGCCCCUGACAACGGGCUCCGGCCCUGCCAUGCGGGUAUAGUUCAGUAUCUGCCACAAAGAUGCUGUCUUCCACAGUCACACAGAUCCGGCUGUGUGGGUAUCUUAGCGCCUGUGCUGCCAUCCGGACUUGCAGAUGCUCUUCCCUGGCAUUCGUGGGUUUGGCCCGGAGCUGCAGAUGCAGUCCAGUAUCUCUCAACAUGCAUAUGUUGUUAUAUGUGGAUUCUUCCCUAGUGCUACAUUGACUCUAACCAAGCGGCCAUGGAACAAGGAGCAAGGGAGGAGUCUGAGCAUGUGCUUGGGGCAAAGGGCUGAAGAGAGACCUGGUUGCAAUCCACCUAGGCAGGGACUGUGGAAUGCGGGACUCAAGAGGGAGGCCAGAAAGAUGAACAAUUGAUCAUCUGCACCCACCUUCGUGGAAACGACAAGAAACUGCCAAUAUUCCCCACGCACCUCAACUGGAGCAGCCUGAAGACUGGGUGUUCUUGCGGUGUCUUGCUGCACAAUGGACCCAGUCCUUGUCCUGGAGCUUGUCUUUUUUUUUUGUGAACUGACCUCAAGAACUGUCAUAGGGGCUUGAGUGCCAUUUUGUACUGAUGGUGGCAGGAUUGGAUUCAGUUCACUCUAGUCUGACUGGAGCUAGCCAGCUCAGGGAAAUGGGGCCCUCUAGCCCUGGGCCCUUAGCCCACACCAGUGCCUGGCAUUCUGUUUAAAUGGGCAACUUAAGGAGGGUGGGGAAGAGGGGGGGCAUUGGCACCUGGAUUGGGCUGCAUAAUUGUCAAAGUGUGCAAGCGUGCGAGUGUAUGGUGGAGCUGGAGUAUGUAUGGGCAUUCUGGCUGGCAUCCAGGCAACAAGCCUUCUGAUGCUCCCUUUCCCCCUUCCACUACCCUCCGCCCAGCUUCUCAUCCUGGAAUGGGACAGUGAGGGGCUGGGAGGAGAAAGAGGUGGGGGUGGGGAAUACCCAUGUACAUAUCCUUGUUGCCGUUAUUUGUAUUAAUUUAUUAUUGACAAAGAGCUGGGCCUGAGGAGCUCUGCUGGACUGUCAGAAGUAGGGAUACAGAGAGGGGAAUAGCUUUCUUUCCCCACAGGCCCAUACUUUGGCUCGCCUUUCCUUCCGCCUGUUCUCACGGAGCUACAGGAUGAACAUGCGCAGGGAGUAAGAGGUAUUCCCCUGCAUGGUCAUAUGUUAGAGCUUAUUGUUUUGCUUACCUGCCAUCCCUAUGAGGGAUGUCAUCUCCAUCUUUAAAGGGACUUGGGGGGGGGGGCAGGAUCAAUCUAUGAAUGGAAUGGGAUUUGGAAGAGGAUCCAGCACAGCUCAGCAAAGCCUUUCUUCCAUGGGGAAACUGCAUGUUUCUAUCACCAAUUGCCACUGUUGUCACCACAGAAAACCUUGCACUCUCGUUUUGUUUCUUUGUUUUGUCUCUUUUUUUGUAUAUGUGCCAAACGCUGCCGGACUGCGGCUGCGCAAGUAAAAAAAUAAGAGCCUUUCA